CGAGGGCGAAGACGCCCGAGCCCGCGCGCGAGUCGUUCGAGGAGCAGAACGCGUGGAUGGACGAGUACCGCGCGCGCGUCGCGGACGAGAAAUCGAAAUCGAAAUCGAAAUCGAAAUCGUCCACUCCCGCCGUCACCGCCGCCGAGUCGAAGAAGAAGGAUGACGAAGCGGACGCGGACGCGGACCCGUUGGUGUCCGUCUCCGCGGCGGAGAUGGAAGCGGCGCGACGCGCUGUCGACUCCACGCGCAUUCGCGCGCAGUCCGCCCCGCGCGCGCGAACGCGCGCGCAUAAACACUGCGCGGCGUACCUCGGCGAAGGCCCGCACGGCGACGGGCUCCCGCGACCGAAGGAGCUCAUCGAUCGCGCCAUCACCAAGCCCAAGCCGUUUUCGUUCGAGGCGCGCGAAAAGACCAAGACGAAGACCAUCAGCGAACAGCGACUGGAGCAAGACCUCGCGAUCGCGGCCGAGCUGGAGCGCAUCACGAUCAACAAGCCGUUCAAGGCGACGUCGAUCCCGCGAUCCACGGUCGAGCCGCGGUAUCAGCGAAUGAUCGAGAGGGAGACGAUGAAACGCGAGGAGCGACGCGAGAGCCGCAAAGCCGCGCUCGUGGAGAGCGAGAAGCCGUUUUCGUUUUACCUGCGCGACAAGGAAGCGAAGCGGUACACGCUCGAGACAGCCGCGGAGAGGACCGCGCGACGCGCGAACAAGUUCCAGAGGGCGUUCAAGGCUAAGGAGAUCCCGGCCGCGGUGAAGGCGUUGAAGCUUGGCGACAUCGAAGCGCGCGACGCGCGACGAAAGGAGGCGGCGAAAGCCGCCGCGGUGGCGAAGCUCGCGCAGAGCCGCCUCCCCGAGCGCAUGGCGCUCCACGCGAACGAAGGCGGAGGAGGCCACGGCCACGGCGCUUCUUCUGACGCGUCGAAGCCGGAGAAAAAGCCGAAGUGGAGCUUCAAGCCGGCGCCCGCGAAGGAGGUGCCGGACUUUGACGCGUUGCACGAAAAGUUUUUCCGCCGGCUGCAGAGCGCGCGCGGCGAUUUCGUAGCCACCGUGCCGCGGGAGUUUCGCCUCAGGGAGCACACCAAGGAGGAGAAGGAGGCCAUCAGGCGCAAGCUCAAGUCGGACAUCGCGGCGGACGAGGAGAAUUUGCCGGAAAACAGGUGGCCGUUCGCGAGCUUGCGGGCGAAGGUGCACCCGUCGCCGCCGCCCGCGUUUUCCUCCCCCGGGGAAAACUUCUACAAGAAGAAUGAAAACCUCGCGACUAAGCUCCGACGGCAGGCGAUGCUCAAGCAGCGCCAGGCGGGGCACUACGCCACGCGCGCGGAGAAAGAGGCGAGGGAGGACGCGGCCAGGGAGAGGGACGCGAAGCGUCGCGCCGCGGCGUGGGCGCACUCGCAGGUGGCCAACGCCGGCGCGAAGGCGCUGGACGCCGACGGCGGGACCAAGGGCCCGGGCGGGAAGUUGGCGGGCGCGCGCGCGAACGCGAAGGGCCCCGCGGAUCAGCAUCGCGCGGCGAGGCACGCGCAGCAGGCGACGCUCGCGAGGGAGACGGUGGAGAAGGUUUUGCUGGAGAACGACGUGUACACGUACGUCGAGGAGGGGGAAGACGGGCCGUUUUGAGAGGAGCGAGAAGAGGGAGAAGAGGGAGAGGAUGGAUUGUACAUUCCCGACGCGCGGCGGGCGAGAGAAGAAGGGAUAGAAAACCGGGCGACCGCCCCCGCCGCCGGUAGCCGGGGACGCGUAGAGCGCGAAGAAGCGUCGAUCGCGUUCUGUUUAAAUAUAACACAGCACUACUCGCGG